AUGUCGUCGCCGAUCAAGCCUUCGAGAAUCCCGUCGCCUUCGCGGCCCUCUGCGUCACCUCGUCAGUCGCACCCGGGCGCGGCAGGGCAGGCGUUCCCCCCGUCGCCCUCGCGGCCGACGCUGUCGUCGGGCUCGCGCCAGUCGCUGUCUGCGUCCGUGGCGUCGUCGCCUAAGGAGAGCAAGGACAAGGAGCACAGGCGACGCACGCUGAGCUUCAAGGCGCCGUUCCGGUCGCUGUCGCAUGCGCUCAAGAAGGAUAAGAAGGAGAAGGUGCAGGAAGAGCCGGAGGAGGUGCAGGAGGGCAAGACUGAGGAGGCGUGA